AUGGCUGAAGAUACUUUGGAUCUUGAUUUGCCUCAUAGAAGUGCUGGCCUUUUAAGAGAUCGAGUUCAUUUGGUUAAAAGGAAAGACUUGGAUCGUUAUGAGAUCGGGGCAAUCCAAGAUCAGUUAUCAUUCGAGAAAGGAUUCUUUAUAGUAAUCCGCGCGUGCAAGAUGUUGGCGCAGAAGAAUGAUGGAAUGAUAUUGGUAGGUGUGGCAGGUCCUUCAGGAGCAGGGAAGACUAUGUUAACAGAAAAGAUCCUAAACUUCAUGCCAAGCAUUGCAGUAAUUUCCAUGGACAAUUACAAUGAUGCUAGUAGAAUUGUUGAUGGAAACUUUGAUGAUCCACGCUUAACGGAUUAUGAAACAUUGCUCCCAAAUUUACAUGAUUUAAAGGCAGGAAAGGCAGUCCAGGUUCCUAUAUAUGAUUUCAAAUCGAGUACACGAAUAGGAUACAGAACUGUUGAUGUUCCAAGCUCCCGAAUUGUGAUCAUAGAGGGAAUCUAUGCCUUGAAUGAGAAGUUACGGCCGCUAUUAGACCUUCGAGUAUCUGUCACCGGUGGAGUACACCUUGACCUUGUUAAAAGAGUUAUACGUGACAUACAACGAGCCGGACAAGAACCUGAAGAAAUCAUUCACCAAAUAUCAGAAACAGUAUAUCCAAUGUACAAAGCAUUUAUUGAGCCAGAUCUUCAAACUGCACAAAUCAAAAUCAUUAACAAGUUCAAUCCAUUCACCGCAUUCCAAAGUCCUACAUACAUAUUAAAGUCAGCAAGGAAUGUAAUAGUGGAACAAGUUAAAGAUGUGAUCUCCAAAGAUUUUCGCGAAACAAAGGAGCAGACUUAUGACAUAUAUCUUCUACCUCCUGGUGAAGAUCCAGAGAGUUGCCAAUCCUAUUUACGAAUGCGAAAUACAGAUGGAAAAUAUGUUCUUAUGUUCGAGGAAUGGGUGACAGAUGAUCCAUUUGUGAUAUCCCCGAGAAUCACUUUUUCGGUCAGUGUUCGUCUCCUCGGCGGACUAAUGGCGUUGGGAUACACAAUAGCAACCAUCCUUAAAAGAAACAGCCAUAUCUUUUGUGAUGAUAGUGUUUGUGUUAAACUAGAUUGGCUUGAGCAACUUAAUAGACAUUAUGUUCAGGUACUUGGAGGAGAUCGUUUACUUGUAAUUAACAAAGCGCAGCAGUUGGGUCUAGAAGGUUCCUACAUUCCUCGAACCUACAUAGAACAGAUUCAACAUGAAAAGCUUGGAAAAGAAGUUAUGGCCCUGCCGGAAGAUUUAAAGACGACGUUGAGCCUCGACGACGACUUUGCGUCGAGCCCGAAAGAAUUUGCUGACCAGGUUUCCAUGACCAUGAGACAUAAGCAAAUAGGUUUGUCUAGAUCAUUUACAAAUCUAAGAGACAGGAAUCAAGCCAAACUUGGAGGUUAUGUCUCCAACAAUAGAGAUCUUCAUGAAAGAAAUGAUUUGGAUGAAUCAAAAACAAUGGCAAAUGAGGGAGCCAUAACUCAACUUUUAGAAAGAAUUUCUUGCUUAUAUGAUAGAAUGGAUGAUUUUACAAACUGCAUUGAAGAGAUGAACUUCAAGUUAUCUCUGAAGAAAAUUUGUCAAUGCCAACAAAAUAUGCACCUACAAGUUGGUUCAUGCAAUGGUUGUUCUUCCACCUCUUACUUCAUCACUAGCUUGAGCAAAGGUUCCUCCGUCGUGUCGCCACCACCGACUAAGGAGUUUAUCUUAAUGGAUGAGAUAUCAGGUAUUGUAAGGGGUCAGCAUCAAAUCAUGCAUCAAUUGGACAAUCUUAAUAAACUACUUGUGGGGAAAAUGGAAGAAAGGACUCACCAAACAAGCCCCAUGAAGAAAGGUGCAUUAAUAAGUGCUACAACACAUUCAGAUUCAACUGGACCACAAGUUAUGGGUUUGGCUUUUGGUUGUUUGGGAAUAUUCUUUGUGAUGGGUAUUUUUUAUAGAUUGAGGUAGCAAGUAGCAACAUUGACUUCAUUCCUUAUAUUUUCUCCACUAUACUUGUUUCAGUUGUACUUAAUAUAAGAUUGGUAGCUGAAGCAGCUAAAUCCAUUCACCUAAUAUGC